AUGGAUUCUGUCUCGAGAAGACGUAGAAACCAGAGGUCUGAGGAGCCAGCUGCUUCGGAUUAUGACAAUGACUUCGACUACCAAGCAGCCUUGAGCCACGCGAAUCCUGUAAGCUACUUUCCCACUGGGGCGUUGAAUGUUGAAGCGAACAGCCGUCCUCCAACUCUGGACGCUGAUGCUGGCAAGUUGAGGGCAGAGUAUGAUGAUGCGGCCCUAGGAAACAUGGGGGCUGGUGGCCUGGCUAUGGAACCUGAUUAUGGGGCGCUAGGGCAGUGCUCUCCGGCAUCGGUUGGGCCACGUGUGGCCCGAGUUGAGACGGUGGAUUCGAGGAUUGGUGAAAACCCUGCAGCUUCAGAGACGUUGAUGAAGUCAGGGGCGGCACCCGCCGCUGAGCCCAAGGUUGAGACUGCGGGUCUUGGUGAGAGCGAUUUGUUGGGUUCUGCCGAUGAGCCUGCUACGAGCUUCCGGGAUCCGGAACCUUCAAGGAUCACCCCAGAAGAUACUCGUGAGUUAAUCCCUGAGAGAGGAGAUCGAGUGUCUAAGCUGGAAUCCCUGUUAGAGAGGGCUUUGGAAGAGAACAAGGAGUUGAAGAAGCGGCUCCAAACGGAGUCUGCGUCUUCCUGGCAUAGUGCCAGGACUCCGGGGGAGCUUCCAGCUUCGCCCGCCUCUUUUGCAAUGCGCCAUCACUAUGCCUGUGCCGGUCCUCCGUCAUUCGAGGUAGGAUCUGGUGUUACGGAAGAGCAACACUCUCUGGUACGACAGGUGAUGAUCGGUCUUUCGCCUAGCGCAUCGGUAUGGUGGCAGGGAGUCGAGGGUCCGGCAAACCUUGCAUACCAGAAGUGGCUAGGGGAGUUUGAUAAGCACCUCUAUAGCAGGGUUGAAAGUCGAUCUGUUAGCCUGCUGCUGGCGGCUGUGCCGCAAUCCAUCCGGUCGCGUCCACCUCCAUCCUUUUCCGAGUGCUCUGCCUUUUUCAACCUGGAGGCGGAAUGUGAAGCCGCAGCAAUCACGGCUGAGGGCCAGGCUGACAAGCGUGCUAGGAAGGCACUUCCUCUGCUGAAGCUUCGCCGAAGACCGGGGAGCCGCUGUGCAUUCUGCUUCGACGGUUGCGUCUGGGGACUCGAGUCGCAGCCGACCAUGUCGGGGAGGGUUGAUCUGUCUAGGGUCGAUGCUUCCUGGCUGCUCAGCGUCACGGGGGUCUCCGACUGCAGUUACGCCCUCGUAGACAGUGGCGCGACAAACGCGCUACGACCGGCUGAAGGAGCCGAGCUAAGCGCUGGCCGAGUCAUUCGGGUAGACUUGGCAAGCGGCACCGCAGAAUUGCGGAUCAACGAUUAUGGCACCCUCCUCCAUGCCGGCUCGGGCUACGGAGCUUAUUACCUCUUCCUGGUAUCUGUUCGAGAGCGUACAGGGAUAAUUCAGAAUGCCUGGGGCAAGUGGAAAGCUGAGCUAGCGAGUGCAGAGGAGGUUGAGGAAAGGCCCAAGGGCGUCGUCGAUCGCAUUGGAGAUCUUCCUUUCCCACGGUGCACUCAGCUUCCUUUGACAUCGCAGGGUUACAAGUAUUUCCUUGCUUGCUCCUAUGCUGUACCAGAGGGCUACAAGCCACUUGAGACGGGCAGUAAGGAGGGUGUUGAGCCAAUCCCAGGUGAGGUAGAUCCCGAGGGUGAUGAGGACGGUGAGCUGUUUCCGGAGUUGCUGGUUGUAAAGGUCGUAGGGGAUGAGAUAGAGGGGACUGCUCUGAAGUGCUCCGGAAAUGCUUUGGAAGACUGCCGAUCGCGCGGAGAUCGAUGCUGCAGCGACAAGGACUGUGAUCUUGUGCAAACGGAGUGGGAGCUCGAGCUUCCGGAUGGUGAAGAGCGCAUUAUUGUGAAGCCUCCCGCUCUACUGGUUGAGUUAGGGGUGCUACAAGCUGACGAUCGGUGGCAUGUUCGAAAGGCACUGUAUGGUCUACCUACGUCGCCAAGGGAUUGGGGCGAUUACCGGGAUAAGGAGUUCCGUACCUUUGUGAUUCGCUGCAACGGGGUCGAAUAUGGACUGUUUCAGACGAAGUCAGAUGAAUCUUUGUGGCUUGUGCAGCCGGUAGGUGAGGCUGGAAAGGGCGCAAUUUCCGGAUUGCUGGUUGUAUAUGUGGAUGAUCUGGCCUUCUUUUCCACUCCGGAGCUGUGUCAGUGUUUCGUUGAUCAGGUUCAGCGUAAGUGGAAAACGUCCGACCCGAAUUGGCUUGGGAGUGAGCCCACCACCUUCUGUGGGGCCGAGAUUGUUCGAACUGAAAGAGGGUACUGUCUCUCUCAGGUCCCCUUAACAAAGUGGUCUGAGCCGGAACCGGAGGGGUCCCCAGAUCCAGCCUUGGUAAAGGAAGCUCAAGGGAUUACGGGUGCCAUCCUAUGGGUCGCGACCCGAUCAAGGCCUGAUGUGUCAUAUGCUGUUUCAAGGAUGGGCCAACAGGCCACCAAAGCACCGCAGCUUAGCAUCUCGAUUGGGCACCAGGUUCUCCAGUAUUUGCAUUCCACCUUGCGUUACAGCAUUGAGUACUGCUUUGAUAGUGGUCCUUACUUCUCGGGUCAUGGCCUUCUUGCGGUCCCGCGUCGGGAUCAGGUUCUGGAGGUGUACUCUGACGCCUCGCACUCGCCCUGCGGGGGGCGUUCUGUUCAGGCUUUUGUGGUCAUGUGGCGUGGUUCGCCAUUGGCUUGGGAGAGCACCAGACAAUCUUUCGUAACUCUUAGCUCUGCGGAGGCGGAGCUAGUGGCCAUGUCCCACGCCAUCCAGAUGACUGAAUGUAUCCAGCCACUCAUCGAUGAACUGUUGGUUUGUGACACAACAGCUUCCCUUCUCGCGGACAACUCCGCAGCCAUCCGUUCCUUCGACGGCUCGCCGUCGGGCUGGCGGAGCCGCCACCUUCGGAUGAGGGCCCUCUCGGGACGUGAAAAAAUUGCUGCGAAUCAGUUGACCGUCCACCACAUCCCCGGCGACUACCAGCUGGCAGAUAUUGCCACGAAACCACUUUCCCGAGGACGCAUUCUACAACUUCUCGAUCUCAUGAACGUGCGAGACCAAUCUCUUCAGGAUGGUUCGGUUAAGGCGGCCAGGCUUAUGAGUAGGUUUGAUUUCCGGGACAUUCCGGCGGGUCUAAUCACACCGGAAUCUGUCGCAGGUCUGGCCUUGUUGGCUCUCCUACCACGGGCGAAGGGACAACCGGUCGAAGACCAGCUUGAUGUUGGGUUCGGUUGGUUGGCUUGGACCGUUGGGGUUUUGUUAACGGUCGUGCUGAUGCUCUGGGGCUGGUGGCUUCUUGAGGGUUUGGAAGCUAUUGCGGAUUCUGCGGACUUUGUCGGACUUCGGGGAGAGGACCUAGAUGGACGAGCUUCGGAGACUGAUGCGAGUCAUCAGACUGCGGAGGUGGCAGCUAGGGACUAUUCGAGUGGUUCGGGUUUUAUGUCCGAAGGGUCUGCAAUCGCUCCUCCGCCAGAUGGGGACAUGCACGACGAUGUAGCCAGCGAGGUUGCUUCCAGCGAGUCUUCGGAGUUUAAUGAGGAACAGUGGCGCGUAGCGCAGCAGAAAUUAGAGGAACAAGAGCGGUUCACAGGUCUCACGUGGAUCCUCCUCAUAUGCUGCAGCGGUACGGUCCUCUGCCGGAUUGGUAUGCUGGGCCUAGCGAUAGUAACGCUGAUCCCAACCCUGCUCCUGUCGAGCCAGCUAUCACUGAAGAGGUUCUCGUAG